UUACAUACAAGCCGCAGUCAUGACGGUAAUCAGAUUGUUAACGGUGUUUUGUCUUCUAACAAUAGUAAAUUCAGAGUCUGCUAAUCAAAGGCAACAUGCUACAGUUGCUGAAGUAGAAGAAUAUAUUGAAAAAACAAAGCAAAAUAUAAACCCAAGGUACAGAUUACAUUAUCAUGUUGCUCCUCCUGUAGGUUGGAUGAAUGAUCCCAAUGGAUUCUCAUAUUACAAGGGAGAAUACCACAUUUUCUACCAGUUCUAUCCGUAUGAUAGUGUAUGGGGCCCAAUGCAUUGGGGGCAUUCUUCGAGCCCCGACUUGGUCAAUUGGAAGACACUACCAACAGCAUUGGUGCCUGGAGAUGUCCAGUGUUUCUCAGGGAGUGCUGUUGUGGAUGGAGAUACAUUGACACUGAUGUACACUGCUCAUGAAAUUACCGAUAGUGAACCGUAUUAUAAUGAAACUCAAUUUCUGGCGUACAGCGACGAUGGCAUAAAUUUUAGAAACUAUGAAGGCAAUCCUGUUUUACCGGCAGCGCCUAACGGAUCUCCAGAUUUCAGAGAUCCCAAAGUUUGGAGGCAUGGAGACUUCUGGUACGUAGUCAUUGGCAGCAAAACAUCAGAUGAAAGAGGUAGAGUUCUUUUAUAUCGAUCAAGCGAUUUGAAGGAUUGGGACUUUUUGACAGUUAUCGGUGAAUCUACUGGUGAUAUGGGUUACAUGUGGGAAUGUCCUGAUUUCUUUGAAUUAAAUGGCAAACAUAUAUUGUUAAUGUCACCCCAAGGUAUUAAUCCAGAAGGUGACCGGUACAAGAAUACUUAUCAAACAGGUUAUAUAAUAGGUACUUUCAAUUAUGACACUUAUGAAUUCGUUCAAGAGGUGCAAUUUCAAGAAAUGGAUUAUGGACAUGACUUUUAUGCAACACAAACGACAGAUUUAGAUGGGAAGAGAUACGUUAUCGCUUGGUUUGGUAUGUGGGAGGUACCUCAUCCUGAAGAAGCAGAUGGCUGGGCUGGAGCCCUGACUCUUAUUAGAGAACUUAGCCUAGUUGGAGAUCGUAUUAUAAUGAAGCCAGUGGAAUCUAUGAUUAGUCUUAGAGAAGAGAAAUUGCUAGAUGGAGAAUUCCAAGCAGGAGAAGUGAUAAAUUUUGAAAAAACUGGCGAAAUUAUAGUAGAAGGUGAUUUGGAAAAUAAAAUUGAACUGUUACUCGAAGGUAGAGAGGGUGGGGGCAAAGUGUGGCUAAAAUGGGAUCCUGAUGUAGAAAAGGUUAUAGUAGAUAGAGGAUCCGGUGACAUAAGACAGGUAGAGUGGAGUCCAUUAGAUUCAAAGUCAUGGAGAAUAUUUUUAGAUGCAAGUUCGAUUGAACUAUUCUGUGGUGAAGGCGAAGUGGUUUUCAGCAGUCGAGUUUUUCCUGAAGGCGGUUGGAAAUUGACAAAUCAAAGUCCUCAAAUAUUGAAUAUCACACUGUACAAAUUAAAAAGGAGUGUUCCAGCAUGAUUUUUAUCUACAUAUAAUAAUUUUAUGAUUUAACAUCAUACAUGCUUCAUUCACUUAAAUUAUACAUAUACACACACAUUCUUUUUCACAUACUCUCAUAUACACACAAGUGAUUUUUAAUUCAGAUACAAUUAUCGUAUUUAUAAUUCUUAAAUGUUCUAUUACUUUUAUUUAUUAUGAAAUUUAUAAUAUUUGAUUUUUACUGCUAAAUUAAUCUUUAUUCUAUUUGCCAUAUUAUGUUUUUUUUUCUUUUGCUAAGUC